GUAGUUAUUACAGAUCUCGUUUCGCGAUGUCAGAUGUUACAUAUUUCUGUUACAAAUGUCCCUAAUAUUAGUAACUAGUAAUUUCUGCGUGGGCGUUAUAUUUAACUGCCCUUUUUUAACAUUAUUUUCUUUAUAUGUAUAAAAGACAUAGUGCACAUAUAUGAAUAUUUCUCUCAAUUAAUAAAUUACAAAAUAAUUCUUUUAACCACUUUACCUACUUUCCUCGAACGGUGGUGCUACGUAGACGGAAACGGAUUAAAAUAAGCGGCAUAAGCUGUCAUUAACCAGCAUGGUAUAACUUAAGUGGUUAACAUUUCAAAAACAUUUACACAAAAUACGAAUGUAAUUUAUAUACUCAUUGUAAUGUGUAAAUAUUAAUUAAACCGAUUGUUUUUUUGCAUAAACGUUUUUUAAAAUGUCAGAGAGCUCGAUAAUAUGGCUCUCUUUAGUUAUGCUGGGUGGCUCGUAUUUGGCCGGUUUUUUACCAUUGAUUAUGAAUUUAUCGGAGGAUAAACUGCAAUUAGUAUCUGUACUUGGAGCUGGGCUUCUUGUUGGAACUGCAUUGGCUGUAAUAAUACCAGAAGGUAUUAGAGCAUUAUUUACAACGCCUGCUGGCAGCAUAGAUCAUCCACAAAAUGAUAGUGACCUACAUUUUUUGAUAGGAAUUAGUUUAGUACUUGGUUUCGUAUUUAUGCUUUUGGUCGAUCAAUGUACAAGAAGAAGUGGAGGAAAGGAGAAAAGUUUUACAGCAACCUUAGGCCUUGUUGUUCAUGCAGCUGCUGAUGGAGUUGCAUUGGGUGCUGCAGCAACAACCUCGCAAGCCGAUGUAGAAGUCAUCGUAUUCCUUGCAAUUAUGCUGCAUAAAGCACCUGCUGCAUUUGGCCUAGUAUCUUUUUUACUUCACGAAGGGGUGGAAAAAAAGAAAAUAGGAAAACAUUUACUAGUAUUUUCUCUUUCUGCACCUUGUCUUGCUCUUCUAACAUAUUUCGGCAUUGGAAAAGAAGGCAAGGAAACCCUCAGUAAUGUCAAUGCAACAGGAUUAGCAAUGUUGUUCAGUGCAGGAACAUUUUUGUACGUAGCUACUGUACAUGUAUUACCAGAAUUAAUGACUAGAGAAGCUAAUUAUUCUCGUCUACCAACAACUGAAACUACGACACCAACUGUCUCUGGACUUAGAUUUAAAGAAAUAUUAGUGCUAGUAGUUGGUUCUAUUUUACCGUCAUUACUUACAACCGGACACCACCAUUGACAUAGAGCUCAUAUUUUAUACUACACUGAUACCAUUCAUUAUGCUCGUAAAUAUCAUAAAUUUUUCUUAUUUAAUUUUUUGUACAGUUACAAAAACGAAGAUUUUUUGAUAGGUGUACGAAUAAUAAGCACCUUCCGUUGUUAAACAAUAUAUGUACAUAACAUUUCUCGAAUUUGAAAAAUUGAUAUUAAAAGAAACUCUAGAUGCAAUUACAAAAAAAUA